AACCGAUCCAGUACCGCCGGUAGCGCCGAUACCAUCCAGGCAUCCACAUUGAAAACACAAACUGAUAUAUAUUUUUGUUACAAAAACCUACAAAAAUGAGGCUUACCUUAAUAUUAUCCAAAAUAGGGAAAUAUUCUACCGAAUAUUCUAAUCUCCCUGAAUCGUACAUUAAAAGAGCUAUGAAGCAAGUUUAUUGGGAAGCACCAAAAGACAUACCACAGUAUCUGCCUGUAACCCUGGAAAAGAAAAAAUUCAGGUAUACAAUGAACCGCCCGUGGACAGAGGAGUUUCGAAGACAAAAUCUUGUGAAGAGAAAAAAGGUCUUUGUGGAACCAAUUAAAGAGUGGGCAUUUUUUAGAGGAGACAGGGUUGAAGUUUUGGUCGGAAAAGAUAAAGGAAAAAUAGGUUUAGUAAAUCAAAUCAUUGAGGAAAGAAAUUGGGUAGUUGUCGAAGGCUUAAAUGUGCAUUACAGACGAAUCGGUAGGACAGAAGAUUUCCCUGGUACAAUGGUUCAGUCUGAAGCACCCCUCUUGGUUACCAAUGAGGUUGCAUUGGUUGAUCCUUCUGAUGAUAAAGGCACUAAAGUGGAAUGGCGGUUUACGGAACAAGGAGAAAAAGUAAGAGUUUCUCAAAGAACAGGGCAUAUAAUACCCAUUCCGUUGUCAGCUUCGGAGACCAUUGAUUUUAAAACAAGAGCUGGAUACCCAGAGCAAGAAAAAGACACACGGGCCGCAGACGUAUCCGAAAAUACCUACGUCCCACAAAGCAAAACAUUUGAAAUGGACUUAAUGGAGCAUUACAAACUGGAAUGAAGUCAGUUGCUUGCGUGUCACUGUAGCAAAAUUGUUUGAAUAUAAAAGAAAUAAUGCCCACAGUUAAA